AACCAGCCUACAUACGAGAAUAAUUUCGGCCAUAUACCCUUCGUUUUGACUCCACCACUUACCUUCCCCAACAGCUACCUAUCAGCUACCGGUUUACCCUUUUCUAUCUCAUCCUCUCUCCCCCAGUCACAGAGAGGACAGGGAGAGAACAAAAAGAUUAAAUCUUAAAAACCCUGGAUUCAGAUUCUUCGUAUCUGCAAACACUUAUGAAUUCUACUUGAAUUUUCAUGUUUUCGCACGAAAAUAACCUGAUCCAAGAAUCUUGAUUAAAAGGGUGUUCUGGGUGUUAGCAAAUUUGUCAUGACUUCAGAUUCAAUAUCUAAUUUAAAGCCUGCACCAAUUCCAUCCAAAGAGGAAGACGAGUUACCAAAUUCAACCGCUGCUCUUUUGCCCUUCGACACGGAAUCUUCCUCCUUGAUCUCCCCGUCAUCCGAAGAAUCGACCAAUAAGGUUCUAUUCAUUUGUCUAAUUCUUUCCACAGGCAUUGCUCUCUCCGCUGCUUUUGCCUUUGCCUUUUUAUUCUUCUCCUCUUUGGCUUCAUCAUCACCAUCAGCAACUUCUCAAUCCCUUGAUCAAGUCUCAAGGCCACUCACAAAGCUCAAGCACCCAGUUGUUUUGUUAAUAUCAUCAGAUGGUUUUCGAUUCGGGUACCAAUUCAAGACCCACACUCCAAAUAUCAACAGAUUGAUUGUAAAUGGUACCGAAGCCGAGUUGGGCUUGAUUCCAGUGUUUCCAUCGCUGACCUUUCCGAACCAUUACUCAAUUGUCACGGGUUUGUAUCCUGCUUAUCAUGGAAUAAUCAACAAUUAUUUUCUCGAUCCAGACACAGGUGGUGCCUUCACUAUGGCCAGUCAUGAUCCCAACUGGUGGCUGGGAGAGCCGAUGUGGGAGACAGUCACGAAUCAUGGCUUGAAGGCUUCGACUUAUUUCUGGCCCGGUUCUGAGGUAAAAAAAGGUUCUUGGAAUUGUCCCAAGGAUUAUUGCAUGUAUUAUAAUAGUUCUGUGCCUUUUGAAGAGAGAGUUGAUACUAUUUUGAAGUACUUCGAUUUGCCUGAUAGUGAGAUUCCUGUGUUUAUGACGUUAUACUUUGAAGAUCCUGAUCGUCAGGGUCAUAAGGUUGGGCCUGAUGAUCCUCAGAUUACUGAGGCAGUUGCUAGAAUCGAUAAGAUGAUCGGCAGAUUAAUUCGUGGUUUAGAAUCGAAAGGUGUUUUUGAGGAUGUGAAUAUCAUCAUGGUUGGUGAUCAUGGGAUGGUUGGUACCUGUGAUAAAAAGUUAAUCUUUCUGGAUGAUUUGGCUCAAUGGAUUGAGAUUCCGAAGGAGUGGGUGCAAUCUUACAGUCCAUUGCUUGCAAUUCGUCCACCACCCGGUUCUCAACCAAACGAUAUUGUGGCCAAGAUGAACGAGGGCUUGAAGUCGGGGAAAGUAGAUAAUGGUCAGUAUUUGAGAGUUUACCUAAAGGAGGAGCUUCCUAGUCGACUGCAUUAUUCAAACAGCGAUCGAAUCCCACCAAUUAUAGGCUUAAUCGAAGAAGGUUUUAAGGUAGAACAGAAGAGAUCCAAAAGGCAAGAAUGUGGAGGAUCGCAUGGAUAUGACAAUGCAAUUUUCUCCAUGAGGUCCAUUUUUAUUGGUCAUGGACCUCAAUUUGCUCGGGGGAGAAAGGUCCCUUCUUUCGAGAAUGUUCAGAUAUAUAACUUGGUUACAUCCAUCCUCAACAUUACAGGAGCUCCUAACAAUGGGACAGCAUCAUUUUCACAAUCUAUUCUUUUGCCUAGCCAUUGAAACUUUGACACUGAGAUACCAAACUGAAUUGGAUAUUGAGUGAAACCAUCUGGUGAGGUAAUUGCUGAUAUAUCUCCAUAUUGAUACAAUGGGGGGUUUUGCAGAUUACAUUUUGACUAUGCAAACACGAGGAGGAAUACUGGUUCGUUAACUUGUUGCUUACUUUCGACUUAUUUUGUACACGUGCUUUAUAUGAAAGAAUGAACCAGUCUCCAAAUAGAAAUAUUGUACAUUUUUAAUUGAACAUCAUAUUCGUAGUCAAAUUUAAGAAUAUUUUAAAGGUUC